GACUUUUUUAAAACUUGGCUUAAUCAUUUUGUAUUGCAAAAAGGAUUUGACUAUAAAAUUAGAAUGAGUGAAGCAAAUGAUAAAGGCAUAAUUCAAAAAGCAUAUAUUAAAGCUGGCACUCAUAAUCCAAACAUAACAGUUAAUUCUACUAAGCAUCAUAAUGCUAAGUCUCAAAAAACUAUAU